GCCCAGUGGGGGAAGCGGGCCCUGAAUCCCAGUGCGCAGCCGCAGAUGCUGGCUUUAGGCAUUCCUGCCCUGGAAUCUGGUGGUGUCUGCAGUGUGCGCAGUGCUCCCCACUGAAGACCGAGAGUCUUAAAAUCACCAAGAAGAGUGACAGUACCUGAAGCUCCAGUCUGCUGUAUCAAAUCAAAGAACCCAUCUCUUCCAACAUGGCAGGUAAGAAAGUGCUCAUCAUCUAUGCACACCAAGAACCCAUGUCCCUCAAUGGGUCCCUGAAGAAUGUGGCUGUUGAAGAACUGAGCAAGCAAGGAUGCACAGUCACUGUGUCUGACUUAUAUGCCAUGAACUUUGAGCCGAGGGCCACAAGAAAUGAUAUCACUGGUGCCCUCUCUAAUCCUGAAGUCUUCAGAUAUGGGAUAGAAAUCUAUGAAGCCUACAAGAAGACAGCUCUGCCCAGUGACAUACUUGAGGAGCAGAGAAAGGUAAAAGAAGCUGAUCUAGUGAUAUUUCAGUUCCCACUGUACUGGUUCAGUGUUCCAGCAAUCCUAAAAGGCUGGAUGGACAGGGUGCUGUGCCAAGGGUUUGCCUUCGACAUUCCAGGCUUUUAUGACUCCGGUUUUCUCAAGGGUAAAUUAGCCCUCCUUUCCUUAACCACUGGAGGUACAGCUGAGAUGUACACAAAAACCGGUGACAGUGGAGAUUUCCGAUACUUCCUAUGGCCACUCCAGCAUGGUAUACUGCACUUCUGUGGAUUUAAAGUCCUUGCCCCACAGAUCAGUUUUGGUAUUGACUUUUCAUCAGAAGAAGAAAGAAAAGUGAUAGUGGAAUCAUGGGCCCAGCGGCUGAAGAGCAUCUGGAAGGAAGAACCUAUCCACUGCACACCACCUUGGUACUUCCAAGAGUAACAUUCUGUGCUCUGAGCACAGCUAACAAGCGGCACAGUGAGAGACCUAAAGCAUGAGCAAAGAGGGUGGUGCUGUAUCCAGAGUAGUUAACAGUGCCCACCAAUGAGUGUCCUCAGUCACAUGCCAUUAGAUCAGACAUUUCAAUAAUCAGCUUGAUGCAUUGUA